AACAGUUACUAAUGUUGACAAAGUUCUAUGGCAUACAAAAAAUGAGUAACAUGUCGAAAGAUUUUGAAACUGCACUCACUUUUGUUUAAUAAGUAUAUUUUUUCCUGGUAAGGUUUACUAUUCACUUAAUACUAAACAAGGCUGAUAAUAUUAUUAUUGCAAAAUGCAUGUUCAUGUGGAUGCACGACAUGUCGCAAUGAGUGUGUGAUUGAUUUUCCGUAACCCUAACACAUUUUUGGCUUAUAAAUGUUAAGCGUGAACAAAAAUCUCGGAAAAUGUCAACAAAGUUUUACGAGGUUUCUAGUGCUGAACGUAUUUACAUUAACAUUUUUAAUUUAAAAAUUAAGAGUUCUUCAUUAAUUUAAGUGAACAAAAUGAUUCGUUGUUGCAUUAAAAACUGUGACACCGACGAGAAUGUGGUCAAUUGCACAUCUGUUUUCUUUGUCAGUUUUCCAUCGGAUAUUAUCCUCCGUUUGGAAUGGUUAAAUAUCCUUAAUGCAAACGCUGCUCUACUUCCGGGGUUGGAAGUAACCGUAAGUACCAGGAUAUGCAGUUGCCACUUUGCCGAGGAAGCUUUCGGGAAACAUCCCGUGCACGGGUAUCGCUUCUUGCUUCCGUCUGCCGUGCCUUCCGUAUUCCCGAUUCCGGCAGAACCAGACUUAGCGGCGAUCCAUUUAUCCAAUGUUAUGGUGGAUGAAGAUUCUAAUCUCGAGCCGGAUCCUUUGCUGCAUGAUUUUGCCGAUGCUAGUGAUCUCGUGGACGAUGAGAGUAAUUUGAUUCAAUCUCCCGGCGGCGGAAUGAUGAUUUUUCCGAACGAAGCAAGAUCAGAUGUACCCGAAUAUGUCCCGGUUUCGACGAAUGUCCUGUUGGCGGGUUCCGAUAACGAUGAGUUGAACAAACCACCAAAAGCCAUCGGAAUAGAGUAUGCAGAUGGAAAGUAUUAUUUUCUCCAGUCCGAAGAUGAAUCCGAUGAUGAGCUUAUCGAGCAGGUGAGCAGCUUGGAAGGCGAAUCGGCGAAGUUACCACUAGUGAAGAACGAAGUCGAUCCAGUAGACGACAUCUCAGCAAUGGAAGAUGCGGAAUUAGAAAGCGAUCCGAUGCACGAUAGUGAGAAUCAAUUCGAAAUGGUAAUUUCGGGCGAUUUUGAUCUUAAAGAAGAACUAGAACAGCCAGAGCAGGAAGAGCAGGAUGAUUGUGAUGCGCUGUUUGUGGAAGAGGCACCAACAGAGAUUGGAACGGACAGUUUGAUCGAGGAGGCAAGCGUGAUCACCACAUCGGAAGUGACGGAAGCCGUUGUCGGUCCGGAAUGUUUGUUAAGCGAAGUGGUCGACGAAAGCAGUCACCCGCAGAUACUCGAAGGCGAAGUGGAUGCUGAAUCGCUUAUCGAGAGGGACAGCGGAAGCGUUUACGGCUCGGUUGAGGUGCUUGAUGAACACUUUGCACCUAGUUCCAAGGAGAAAAGAGUAGAUAAACACUUUUGUACGUACUGUAACAAGGGCUUUCAAUACGAAAGCGCUCUGAAGAAACACCUGUUUGUUCACACGGGUUUGAAACCUCAUGUUUGUGACGAGUGUGGUAAAAGUUUUUCACAAAAAAUCAACCUUUCGAUACAUCGCCGAAUACACACGGGAGAGGUACCGGUGAAAAAGUACAGUUGUUCCGUGUGUGAUAAGAAAUGCAUCCGAUUGAGCGAGUUAAAGAUUCACUUGAAAACGCAUUGGAAAAAGUUACCCCAUGCCUGUACGCUGUGCACCGAACGUUUCGCAGACAUAACCAACUAUUACGAGCAUAUCAAAUCGCAGCAUAAAACCGAAAUAUCCCUCCAGGAGUGCAUAGACAUGAUAGCUCAGAACGAAAACGCCGAGCUGAUUGUGCAAGGAGACGAGGAUACGAUCACAGUCGAUGACGGAAUGUACCGCUGCGCGGUGUGUCUGAAAACGUUCAAGACCGAAAAGCUACUGAAGAAACACAAACGAAAGCUGCACCCCAAGGUUUUCGUUUGCGCCAGUUGCCCGCGGCAGUUCCUCUACAAAAGUUUGCUGGAUAAACAUGCGCGUGUUCAUACUCAGGAAAAACCUUACAAAUGCACACAAUGUGAUACGUCAUUUUCCCAGAAGGUUAACCUAGAAGUACACCUGGGUAAGAAACACAACAUUCACGUGCGGAACGUUCAGCCUAAAAUGUUUAUCUGUGAAUAUUGCAACAAGUCCUUCGACCGGCCAUCUACUUUACAAAUCCACAUUCGGACUCACACGAAGGAACGGCCAUUCGGGUGUAUGGAAUGCCCGAAAUCGUUCGCGUCGAACAGUGCUUUAGCCUCACACAUCAAAACCAACCAUCGGGGAGAGUCAAUUCUUUUACAAUCACUCCAAAGAUACCCAGCUGCAAAUGCAGAUAGUAUAGUUCUGGAGGAACAAAGUACAAUGUCUGAGGUAAUUGAAGAGGAGGAUGACGAUGAUGUCAAAUUCAUACAAUAUUCGAUACAGUUUGUGAAUACUGAUGAAAAAAGAGAGAUUUUUUAAAAGAAA